AUGUACGUAAAUGUACCUGAAGUGGGAACUGAAGAAGUAACCUUCUUCUCACAUUUUCCACUUCAGGGACUACAGUCCCAGAUCGGGCCCGUCAGUACACGUGCCCACUUCGUCCCCCGAGAGGGUCCCUCCGCCGGGCGCUACAGCCGGGCCCCCUCCACCCUGGACGCGUCCCUGACAGUUCCCCACGUUAUCCCACCGCUACCCGGACACCUUGCUGAACGCGCUAGGGAGACAAAGCCGCCUGACUGCUGCCAGCGAACUGGCCGAAAGGCACUCUGGAAACGGGGUCACCCACCCGCUGCCAGCCUCGUAACCGCAGACGCCCAAGAUAACCGGGAUGAGACCACCCACCCCCGCUUUUGUCAGGGUCGCGUCCGGGGUCGAGGCGGUCCGGGUGUAGCGUCCGGUGCUGAGGACCUCACGGGGGGUGGAUCGGGCAUGCGUACUGGCAGCCCCGAUGUGGGACGGCGAUCCCUGGCCACUUAG